GAAAAGGGAAAAAGAGGGGAUCCCCUGUUAACGAAUUGGAGCGACCCUUUCCUAAUUGGAAAUCUCCAGGCAAAAAAAAGCUGGCCUUCACCUUUCUCCCGCCCAAAAUUCACACCAGGCACAACACAACCUUUCCUCAAACAACACACACCGCUCCUCUUCCCUUUAUUUCUUCUCAGCUUCUACCAACUUUACCAUCUUCAAGAACGCAUCUCUUUUUCUUCACUUCUCUUGCUAGCUUCCCUCAGUCGUGUCCGAUUCAUAGUAAUCCUCCACCAUCAAAAUGCGUGAGAUCGUUCACCUCCAGACCGGCCAGUGCGGUAACCAAAUCGGUGCUGCUUUCUGGCAAACCAUCUCUGGCGAGCACGGCCUUGACAGCAAUGGAGUCUACAAUGGAACUUCAGAGCUCCAGCUCGAACGCAUGAGCGUUUACUUCAACGAGGCAUCUGGUAACAAGUAUGUUCCCCGAGCCGUCCUCGUCGAUCUCGAACCGGGUACCAUGGACGCCGUCCGUGCCGGACCUUUCGGACAACUUUUCCGACCUGACAACUUCGUUUUCGGCCAGUCUGGUGCCGGAAACAACUGGGCGAAGGGUCAUUACACUGAGGGUGCCGAGCUUGUCGACAACGUUCUGGAUGUCGUUCGCCGUGAAGCUGAGGGCUGCGACUGCCUCCAGGGUUUCCAGAUCACCCACUCUCUCGGUGGUGGUACCGGUGCCGGUAUGGGUACUCUGCUGAUCUCCAAGAUCCGCGAGGAGUUCCCUGACCGCAUGAUGGCCACCUUCUCCGUCGUUCCCUCCCCUAAGGUUUCCGACACCGUCGUCGAGCCUUACAACGCCACUCUCUCAGUUCACCAGCUGGUUGAGAACUCCGAUGAGACCUUCUGUAUCGACAACGAAGCUCUUUACGACAUUUGCAUGCGUACCCUUAAGCUGUCCAACCCCUCAUACGGCGACUUGAACCACCUCGUUUCCGCUGUCAUGUCCGGUGUCACUACUUGCUUGCGUUUCCCCGGUCAGCUAAACUCUGACCUUCGCAAGCUUGCCGUGAACAUGGUUCCCUUCCCUCGUCUCCACUUCUUCAUGGUCGGAUUCGCUCCCCUGACCAGCCGUGGCGCGUACUCUUUCCGUGCUGUUACCGUUCCCGAGUUGACUCAGCAAAUGUUCGACCCCAAGAACAUGAUGGCCGCUUCCGAUUUCCGCAACGGUCGCUACCUGACGUGCUCUGCCAUCUUCCGUGGUAAGAUCUCCAUGAAGGAGGUUGAGGACCAGAUGCGCAAUGUCCAGAACAAGAACUCGUCCUAUUUCGUCGAGUGGAUCCCCAACAACGUGCAAACCGCUCUUUGCUCCAUCCCGCCCCGCGGCCUCAAGAUGUCGUCUACCUUCGUCGGUAACUCGACCGCUAUCCAGGAGCUCUUCAAGCGUGUCGGCGAGCAGUUCACUGCUAUGUUCCGACGCAAGGCUUUCUUGCAUUGGUACACUGGUGAGGGUAUGGACGAGAUGGAGUUUACUGAGGCCGAGUCCAAUAUGAACGACUUGGUCAGCGAAUACCAGCAGUACCAGGAUGCUGGCGUGGAUGAGGAGGAAGAGGAGUACGAGGAGGAGGUGCCCGUUGAGGGCGACGAGUAAGCUAAUUGCGUCUAAUACCCAUUUCCAUAAACGGCACCAUACAAUUUGUUGGCACGGCACGGAUGGGAUGAGUAGGGCAUGUCACGUUUUUGGUGGUUCUCGUCUCCUAUACUAUUCUCGCGCCCCCGUUUGUCACCUAAGACCUUCAAUGGAUAUAAAGUAAUGAAAUUGAUCCUUCAUGGUCAAUUGAACGGUCUUUGGGGCUUGUUAGAUAUACCUCUUCGGUGUUCGUCUGGAGAAAAAAAGAAGGAAAUUCAUUCCUAGUAGUGACAAGAACAAGAAUUAAUUGUCUUGUUCCAAUUACGUGACGACUUCACCCUGUUCUUAUGUAAUGUCUAGGCUUUGUAAUACAUUUUUAGUUCGAUUAUUCGACGAGCACGUAGUUGAACUCUUUGUCCGUAAUGCGUGAUUUG